AUGACCCCCACCCUCACGGCCCUGCUCUGCCUUGGGCUGAGUCUGAGCUCCAGGACCCACGGGCAGGCAGGGACCCUCCCCAAACCCACCCUCUGGGCUGAGCCAGAUUCUCUGAUCACCUGGCGGAGCCCUGGUACCAUCUGGUGUCAGGGGACCCUGGGUGCCGAGAAAUACCGUCUGGAUAAAGAGGGAAGACAAGAGCCCUGGGACACACAGAAACCACUGGAGCCUGGGGACAAGGCCAAGUUCAACAUCCCAUCCACGACAGAGCACUAUGCAGGGCGAUAUCACUGUUACUAUUACAGCCCUGAUGGAUGGUCAGAGCCCAGUGACCCCCUGGAGCUGGUGGUGACAGGAUUCUAUCAUAGUAAACCCACCCUCUCAGCCCUGCCAAGCCCUGUCGUGACCUCAGGAGGGAAAGUGACCCUCCAGUGUGGCUCACAGGAGGGAUUUGGCAGGUUCAUUCUGAUCGAGGAAGGGAACAAGCUCUCCUGGACCCAGGACUCUCAGCAAUCCUCCUACAGGCAGUACCAGGCCCUGUUCCCUGUGGGCCCCGUGACCCCCAGCCACAGGUGGACGUUCAGAUGCUAUGGCUAUUACAGGAACUCCCCACAGGUGUGGUCGGAACCCAGUGACCCCCUGGAGCUACUGGUCUCAGGUUCGUCUAGGAAGCCCUCCCUGCUCAGCCCGCAAGGCCCUGUCCUGGCCCCUGGACAAAACCUGAUCCUCCAGUGUCGCUCUGAUGUCGGCUACAACAGAUUUGCUCUGUCCCAGGAGGGGGAACAUGGCCUCCCCCAGCGCCCUGGCCGGCAGCCCCAGGCUGGGCUGACUCAGGCCGAAUUCCCCCUGGGCCCUGUGAGCCGCUCCCACAGGGGCCAGUACAGAUGCUACGGUGGACAGAACCUCUCCUCCGAGUGGUCGGCCCCCAGCGACCCCCUGGACAUCCUGAUCGCAGGACAGCUCCCUGACACACCCUCCCUCUCGGCACAGCCAGGCCCCAUGGUGGCCUCGGGAGAGGACGUGACCUUGCUGUGUCAGUCAUCGAGGAGGAUGGACACUUUCCUUCUGACCAAGGAGGGGGCAGCCGAUCCCCCCCUGCGUCAAAGAUCAAAGUACAAAGCUCGAAGGUACCAGGCUGAAUUCUCCAUGAGUCCUGUCACCUCAGCCCACAGGGGCACCUACAGGUGCUACAGCUCACUCAGCACCUCCCCCUACCUGUUGUCACUGCCCAGUGACCCCCUGGAGCUCGUGGUCUCAGGAUCAUCUGGGCACUCCAGCCCCCCAACCACAGGGCCCUCCUCAGUACCUGGUAAGUCACGAAAGUGUCUCGUUUCAGAGGGGGUGCAGCCCGCCCCAGGGCCGCUCCGAGUCUCUCACCGUCUCCUUCCCUCAUAUUCUCAAGGAUGGGCUGUCGGGGGUGGCACUCAGGCAGAAAUGCGGGGACCCCAGGCUCCCAGGGCUCUGAGGCGGGUCUGGUGAGGGG